AGACAUUAAGAAAUUUCUAGAAUAAACGUGAAAUGAUUUGAUUUAAACAUUGAGCAUCAGCAAUCAAACAUUACACUCAAGGUUCAUAAUCAUUUCUUAUCGAUCAGUUACAACACAUUAAGGAAAGACCGCUUUCUACUUUUAGUUCAGUUGUUUCCAUCGAAUUAUUGGUAACUGUUCUAGAUGAUGUACAUCGGCAAGAUCUAUAUUAAUUAGACGAAAAAAGAUACAAUUCAUACUCGAAUCUUCUCAUAUUAACAUUUUUGAUUAAUUUUGUGAAAUUAAAUUUCAUAUAUUAUUUAAAUUAUGGUGAAAGAAACGGGCUACUAUGAUAUUCUUGGUGUUAAGCCAACUGCAACUUCAGAUGAACUGAAGAAAGCCUACAGGAAAUUGGCUUUGAAAUAUCAUCCUGAUAAAAAUCCAAACGAAGGUGAGAGGUUUAAGGCUAUAAGCCAAGCCUACGAAGUUCUAAGUGACCCUGAUAAACGACGUUUAUAUGAUGAUUACGGAGAAAAAGGUAUCAAAGAAGGUGGCCAUAGUGGUUCAUCACCUAUGGACUUGUUUGAAAUGUUCUUCGGUAUGGGCGGAAGCAGACAACGUCACGCAGGUCCUAGAAAGGGAAAAGACGUAGUCUAUCAAUUAGGAGUGAGUUUAGAGCAGCUAUAUAAUGGUUCGACGAAAAAAUUGGCUAUUAGUAAAAAAGUUGCCUGUGAUAAAUGUGAGGGCAGGGGAUCAAGUGACCCUAAAAAGGGUUAUGUAACUUGUGAGAAGUGUCAUGGAUCUGGUCGUCAAGUUAGAGUCCAGCAAAUGGGCCCUAAUAUUGUUCAACAAGUUCAAACCAUCUGCGGAAGUUGCAAUGGAGCAGGAGAGUUCUUAAAUCCUAAGGAUAGAUGUAAAACUUGUGAUGGUGCUCGUAUAAUUAAACAAAAGAAAAUAAUAGAAGUACAUAUUGAUAAAGGUAUGUCGGAUGGUCAGAAAAUAACUUUCUCUGGAGAAGGUGAUUUUGAGCCGGGAUUAGAUCAAUCAGGUGACUUAAUUGUAGUUAUCGACGAGCAGGAGCAUCCUAUGUUUAAAAGGUCACGAACAUCAAAUGCUGAUCUCAUAAUGGCUAUGGAGAUCACUCUGACUGAAGCCCUUUGCGGAAUGCAAAAGGGUAUCAAAACUUUAGAUGACCGAACUUUAGUCAUUUCAUCAUUACCAGGAGAAGUCAUCAAACAUGGAGCAAUCAAAUGUAUUAUGAAUGAAGGAAUGCCCCAUUGGAAGAAUCCAUAUGAAAAAGGACGACUUAUUAUACAAUUUACUGUAAAAUUCCCUGAUAAUUUAGAUCCCGUAAUUAUUCCCCAACUUGAAAACUUACUCCCCCCUAGACCUAUCGUAAACUUACCGACCGAUGGUUCAGCUGAGGAUGUUGUUUUAAUGGAUUUGGAUCUUGAAAAAGAAAGUUAUAUGAGAAAUGACCGAAGAUCAUAUUAUGAAGAAGAUGAUGGUCCAGGAGCAGGACCAGGUGUACAAUGUGCUGCCCAUAUUAUGGUGAAAGAAACGGGUUACUAUGAUAUUCUUGGUGUUAAGCCAACUGCAACGCCGGACGAGCUGAAGAAAGCCUACAGGAAAUUGGCUUUAAAAUAUCAUCCUGAUAAAAAUCCAAGCGAGGGUGAGAGGUUCAAAGCUAUAAGCCAAGCAUACGAAGUUCUAAGCGACCCGGAGAAAAAGCGUCUAUAUGAUGAGUAUGGAGAAAAGGGUAUCAAAGAAGGUGGCCAUAGUGGUUCAUCACCUAUGGACCUAUUUGAAAUGUUUUUCGGAAUGGGCGGAAGACAACGUCAUGCAGGUCCUAAAAAAGGAAAAGAUGUUGUAUACCAAUUAGGAGUUAGUUUAGAGCAGCUAUAUAAUGGUUCGACUAAAAAAUUGGCUAUUAGUAAAAAAGUGGCCUGUGAUAAAUGUGAGGGCAGGGGAUCAAGUGACCCUAAAAAGGGUUAUGUAUCUUGUGAGAAGUGUCAUGGAUCUGGUCGUCAAGUUAGAGUCCAGCAAAUGGGCCCUAAUAUUGUUCAACAAGUUCAAACCAUCUGCGGAAGUUGCAAUGGAGCAGGAGAGUCCUUAAAUCCUAAGGAUAGAUGUAAAACUUGUGAAGGUGCUCGCAUCAUCAAACAAAAGAAAAUCCUAGAAGUACAUAUCGAUAAAGGUAUGUCGGAUGGUCAAAAAAUAACCUUCUCUGGAGAAGGCGAUUUUGAGCCAGGAUUAGAUCAAUCAGGUGACUUAAUUGUAGUUAUCGACGAGCAGGAGCAUCCUAUGUUUAAAAGGUCACGAACAUCAAAUGCUGAUCUCAUAAUGGCUAUGGAGAUCACUCUGACUGAAGCCCUUUGCGGAAUGCAAAAGGGUAUCAAAACUUUAGAUGAUCGUACGUUAGUUGUUUCAUCACUGCCAGGAGAAGUCAUCAAACACGGAGCAAUUAAAUGUAUUAUGAAUGAAGGAAUGCCCCAUUGGAAGAAUCCUUAUGAAAAAGGACGACUUAUUAUACAAUUCACUGUAAAAUUCCCUGACAAUCUAGAGCCUUCAACAGUUCCCCAAUUGGAACAAUUGCUACCUCCUAGACCUGUCGUGACCUUACCAACAGAUGAUACAGCUGAGGACGUUGUUUUAAUGGAUUUGGACCUUGAGAAAGAAAGCUACAUGAGAAAUGAUCGAAGAGCUGCAUAUUAUGAUGAAGAUGAAGGUGGCCCAGGUGCUGGAUCUGGUGUACAAUGUGCUGCCCAUUAAUCUUAUGAUUUAAACGUCUUUUUGGACCAAAUAAGUAAACAAAUCAUAAUGACCUAUACGAAUUUUAAUCACUGGAUUAUUGAUUCUCUGAUUUUAGAUUAUCAUGAACAAACUACAAAUACACUCUUCUCAAACCAGCUACACUCAUUUUUCUGUACCCAUCUCAAUUUUUUCCAUUGCUAAAAUAGUUACAUCCGUGUCCUAUCCGACUUUCCGAAUCACGAGACUUUAAAGUCAUGACUUACGAUGGAAAUAGGUUUAAGCCUUUUAUUAAACUUUUUUCAUCAAUUUCUUUAUUAAAUAAUUGAUAGUAAUAUCAAGUCAAAUUGA